AAGAGGGCGACAUCCGAAAAGCAUGGCGCUUGAAACGUGUAUUGCGUUUUUGCUAGCAGAUAGCUAUGAUGUUGAAGAUUUCACAUUAUUCGAGAGAAAUGCAACUCGCAAACGUCGGAAAGCAAGCUUGCGACCGUUUAACUGCUGGAGAAAUAUUCCUUCAGUUGUUCAACUUGUUAAAUCCAACUUAAACUGGUUGAACCGUGGUUGCUGGUUGACUACCGACAACGUACCGAAAGAGCUCGGUUAAAUAAGGGUUGUUAAAUGAAGAUGACAGCUAGCUGGAAACCAGCAACCAAACAUCUGUGUUUAUUUUCAGCUAUGAAAAACCCAAUGAUGCAACUAAUUGUUUUGAUGUUAAUUUAUAUCUCAGCAGAAUGAAAACUGAACCAAGUGAUGAUCUGCAAAGAGAGGAUGACAAAAGAGAUGUUUUCAAUACUGUGCUUGAAAGCUUGAUAAUAAGUGAUUUUAAGAGUCAUUUCCAGCUGACUCCAUCCCAAACUGAGGAGUUGGUACGGUUGCUGGCACCUUGCAAAUGGACCGCCGUUAGGCAAGAGGGAUGGACAGUGUGGCACGCAGUGCUUGCUAGCCUGUGGGCUCUUUCUACCCAAGAGUCUUACCACAGUGUGGCAAACCGUUUCCACAUCGCAGAGUCACUCGUUUGUGAUCAGCUGGAUGAGUUCUGCACGCUUGUUACCAGUAACUUGGUUAAUGAAAUUCACUGGGAGCUCGGGGAGGAAGCUGAAAUGUCUGUGGUGGGGUUCCUUUCUACUGUGGGGUUACCGGAUACUCUCUGCGUAGUAGGAACGGGUUUCAUUCCUAUUGAGAAACCUACAGAUGUGCCAGAUCCAGAGGCAUACAGAGACACAGAUGGGUCGUACUCCAUAAAACUCAUGGCUUUUUGCAACCACAAGGGCCGCUUUACCUACGUUUCUGCGGAGCACCCUAGAAAUUGGCAUAACUCAAGAGUCCUUUCAGCCACGGAGGUUGGCAAGGCGUUGCGGGAAAACCCUUUGGCUCUGCUACAUGGCAAACACAUCAUUGGCAAUUCCACAUUCCCACUUUCAGAGCACUUUCUGACUCCAUUCCCUGACUAUGCAACACUAGGACAGAAAAAAGUAUGUUAUAACCAGAAAGUGCAGUCAUGUCUUGCAGUAGCACAAGGCUCCCUCCAUACUUUGAGAUCUUGUUUUCAGAGGCUCAGAUGUCUGCAAAAGCAUUCUGUUUGCCAAACCGGUUUAGCUGUGAAGACCUGCUGUAUUUUAUACAACAUGUUUCUAGAAACAUACAAUGUGCCUGUGGCACUGAUUGGGGACGAUGCGACUCAAAAACCUUUUCAUGAACUACGUUAUGGACACUCUGGAAGUCUUGGUGGAAUAUCUAAAAGACAAGACAUUGCGGCCUCACUUGGGCGAACCACAAAAAAGAGGAAAUAUACAUGUACAAUUAGUUUUGAAAUGUAAUGUUGCAUAUGGUGAGUGUUACAUGUUGACAGAAUUUUUUUUACUGUUUUGUUAAUCACUGUAGUAUGUUUAUUUUAUGAUAUUAUAUGUUGGGAGUGUUAUCAUAAUGCAUAUGGUGAAAUACAAAAUCAAGAAGGACAAGCGUUUCUGUACCACAACCAUCUUCAUCUUCUGCUAGGGUGAAUUUGUGACCCGUAAAACAAGACUUUCUACUACGUAUUCUAUGCAUUAUAGAUUCAUUGUACUGUGGGAUGUAUGUUUAUUAAAGUUAUAACUCAAAAUGCAA